AUGGUGAUUGUAACAUUACUCUUCAACGUGCCGAGUGUGAUGGUCAUAAUAUAUGAAAUAUUGAGUGAUGUUAAAAUGAAUAUGAUAUCAUCAGAUGAAUGUGCAAUGAGGUGUAUCUCUAUAGUGUCAUUAAUGAUUGUAAUUUUCGCUCCAUCAUUAGCCGCAUCAUCGUUACCGACUGAAGUGGAUAAAAUUAGAAUAACUCUGCAUAAUUCUAUGCUGGAAGAAAACGAUGUCGAAACGCAAUCGAAAUAUAACCAAAACGAAGGCAGUUUACCACGCUCUGUAUUAAUAGACGACGAGGGAAUGGAACGUGAUAUUGGGUUGGAAGCUGUAGAUAUUCCCCAGAUUGAUAUGGGGGCUCCAGGGGUUGCAUCGUAUCCUGAACUAACGUUCGAAUACUUGCAAGCUCUCGGGGAUGCCGUCGAUGAGGUGCCGCAAUAUGGAGAGGAAAUCCAUAGUAACUUAGCGCAAAGGUGGCUGCCAUUACCGCGUAAGGACUUGCCAAAGAAUACACGAGAUCUUAUAUUUAAGCCGUAUAUAACAUGUACCAAGGCAUUGACGUUAUUCCUAACAGGUGGUGAUCAAAUACAAUCCAUAAAGAUAUUGUCAGAUGCAUCUCGUAUUUUAUGUGAUUUACACUAUCAAAAUACAGAAACUAGGAUUAAAUUAUUAACACCUAGUUUGGUCAAAUCUUUGUUAAACGUUAUCGAAAAUAAUCAUGAUGAGACAGUUUUCGGUGCCAACCUAUCAGGAAAAACUAAAGCGGCAAAAAUUAUAGAAAAACAAGGGCUUUCUCCUGUUAAGAAACCUUCUAUCUUCUUUAUGACCGCGGCCGGGAAACUGGCCCUCCUCGGUUCCCAUCAACAAUCAAUACAA